CUUUUCUUAAAUAAACUACUUUCUUGCUUACAAUCCCGUCAAGGCGUCAAGCAAUAAAAAUAUCCUAGUUGGAGACUAUGAUCGACUUACAAGAAUAGGAGAGCUGAUAUACCCAUAACAGGUAUUGGGCAGCAGUUGCCCGUAACCGGGGAAAUUUAGUAAUUUUCCAUGCUACAGUCCCCCCCUAAAAAGAACAACCUGAAUUUAUUAGUUUUUGGGUUUCAAAAAAAAGAAACGGAAAACAGAGAAAAAAAGAGUUUGAGAGUGCAAAAGAAAGUCCGAAAGAAAAAAAGAACCAAAAAAGAAAAAAAGAACCAAAAUUUACAUGCGAAAUCAUGAAAUAAGAAGUGAAGUGUUCAAAUCUUCUAUCAUCAACAAAGCGAUGGUGUAGAAAGUGCUGUCAAAAACGUGGAGGAAGGUUGUCCAAUUGAGAAAUUUCGAAAUUGCGAAUGACUUACAUUGAUUCAAGGUUGAAGAAGAAAAGUUGCAAUUGAGGGAUAAUGAGGAAGAGUGGUGGAAGGUCGAGUGAUAGGGAGUAUGUUUCAGAAGCUGAAUGUUUGGAGCAGCAGGAAGGUGGUAGGAAAUAUAAAUCGAAGAAGAAGCAUAAGAGCUUAAGGGACGAUGGAGUUGGGAAGCAGGGUGGAAAGCGUAAAAAAGUGGUAGAUAAAAAACUUGUAUUGAGUCCAGAGAUAUUCAGAGGUAUAGAAAAAUCUGUAGGCGGUGAAGUGAAGUCGCGCGGUGAAGUGCUGAAAACACAACUAGCUAAGUGUAAAGGGGCGCAAGCAAAUGUAAACUGUAGGGUUGAGACCUUAGGUAAAAUUAUUGGUGGUUUUUGUGAGAUGAAAAGGCAAUGGGUUAGAGACAUGGGUUUUGAGGGAUUACUUUAUUUGAGGGGAAGAGAUUACCACGGAAUUUUGCUAUUGGUUGAUGACAUUGGUAGACACUUGUAGGAAUGUGAUAAUGUUCCCGGGGGGAUAGAGUACCCUAUGGAUAAGCGACAGGUGCAUUGGGUAUUAGGUAUACCUCAUGGACCGAAAAGAGUUCCACUUGUAGCACGAAAUGAAAAUGUUAAGAGGGCAGUACUAGAAAUACAGCAGAAGUAUGGUUCCUAGUUGGUAUUC